AUGGACAGCUCAGACUCUCCUCCGCUCUCUCCUGCAGUGCUCGGCAGCUUGAGGUCACUCUCAGUCUUCUUCCUCCCAAAGGAUCUCAUCGACACCCUUACCUACACAACUCCCGAUCUCGCCGUUCAUCCAUCAACACCACUCCUUACCUCCGACGAACAACCAGACAAGAUCCUGUCCUUGCCUCUCAAAGUCACCCCUUCCUGCCGCACCUGCGCUGUGCCCAUGUUUGCAUCUGUCGACAAGCAGCGUGAGCACGUCAGAUCCGAUUGGCACCUCUACAACCUCAAACAACAACUCUUGGACCAACAAGCUGCGCCCAUUUCCUUUCACCAGUUUCAGGAAAUGAUCCUCGCCGCAACCGCCAUGACGACUGCCCCUUCAACUACAGCCUCGCACAAAACCAUUCCACGACAAUCCUCUCAAUCAACGACCUCAACGUCAGUGGUGCUCUACAAAAGCUCUGAAGUUGCAGUCCAGACCCUUAUGAGCCAGCUCGAGAUCAACGUCAAAGAAAAGAAGCAAGCUCGAGAAUCUGAUCCUUAUUUGAUACGCCAGAGGAUGCUUCAGGAACAGCAACUCCAGGAUAUCCGCCGGUCUCCUAUGCUCUGGUUCUCAAGCACUCUGUACGGCUCUUUUGUCCAGUUCGGUGUGUACAAGAACGCUUUGACCAACAAGGGCAACUGCGAUCACCUCGUCGAGCACAUCAAGUCCAUUCAGAUCCCAGCACCACCUUCGCCUCCAAAGAGGGUAAAGGCCAAGCGUGCUGUUAGAGCCAAGGCCAAGACUCUCCUCGAAAGUCAACAAAAGCAGCAGUCGGAACACUCGGAAGAGACGGAACAGGAUGUCAUCUCGGCACUUCAAAUGGAUCUCGAAAACGCAGCAGGAGCAGCAACACCAACACCAACAGUCGACAACACAGCACUCAUAGAAGCAACCCCGACUCACCAGCCUGCUCCUACCGCUAAUGCCUCACCUCGCUAUUGGACAAUGAUUCUCCUUGGCGGAGGACAUUUUGCUGGUAUGAUCGUCGAUCUGCUAGGUCAGGCCAAGAAAGCCCACAGCCAGGGUAGCCACACUAGCGAGCUCAAAAUCGUUGCCCACAAAACCUUCCACCGCUACACUGUCCGAAGAAAGAAUGGAGGCGCCCAAUCGUCUUUUGGCGCCGCCAACUCGGCAGGUGCGAUGGUUCGUAUGUACAAUGAGAGAGCGCUGAAACUGGAGGUCAGAGAACUUUUGGAGGCCUGGUCGGGUUGGAUUUUGCAGAGCGAGUGUGUGUUUAUGCAUGCACCUGGCAACAACAAGCGAACCGUCUUCUACGAGGACUCAAUCAUGAGUCGUGUUGACCGGGAGGGUCUUUUGCGGUCGUUCCCGUUUAUGACGAAACGCCCCACCUUGACAGAGAUCAAACGCGCGUACCAGGAACUCACCACUGUCAAGAUUAUGCAGCCACCCAAGGAAGGUCAGUUAAACGAGGGUGUUGACCAGACAGGAGCGGUCGCUCCCAGGACAGUGUCUCACACCCCGGUCGGUGUUGCAUCAAUCACUGCAGGAACGGAGACAGUCAAGACCAAGCCUGUUUCUACACGAUCUGUUUCUGCGUCACUGCUCAAACUCGCGGAGUUAGUCAAAAAGGGACGUGUCGAAACCAUCGACAACCAUUUCGCUCGAACCCGCCUGGAUCCAUCGCAGAUGCUUCCCAAAAGCCCUCGCCAAGAAUAUGAUCAGCGAAGGACACCUACGCUGCUUCACCUUGCAUCUUUCCAUGGCCAGUCCCAAGUGGUGCAACAGCUUCUGGAGAAACACGGCGCGGAUCCAACGGCUACUAUCCCCUCCUUGAUUAAGCGCAUGGACAAGACCCUCGAACCAGUUACAGACGAAUUACUCGAUCUCGCCAUCACUACUAAACCCUGGACAGCGUAUGAGGUGGCCAAGGACAAGGAAACACGAAAUGCGUUCCGCAGAGCUAUGGCAAAAAUUCCCGAUGCAUGGGACUGGGCUGGCCUGGCCCGUGUCCCAUCCGCCCUGACCCCUGAGAUGGAAGCAGAGUCGCAGAAACAAGGCAGAUCCAAUUCCAACGGCAGUAAGAGAUCUGGGAAUGAGAGCGAUGGCAAUGAUGAGGUGGCACAAGACGUUCAACCAGAAUCAAGUGUCGUAUCCUGUCGAUCAGAGACCCCUCGUCCCUCGGUCCAGGAGAGUAUGGCUGCUGAUCGCGAGAAACGAGCCCAAGCUGCGGAGACGAGACGCUCUGCCCAGCUCUCGGCAAGAGCCAUCCGCAUGGCCAAGCCCAAGAGUAGGGAUGAGUGUAUGAGCUGCGGAUCUGAUUUGGCGGCACUCUCACCCUUUGAGCGAUUCGACCACCAAUGCAACAAGCAGUCCAAACUGGGCCGCAACUGA